UUCCUAUUAGACGAAUUGAAUUUCGUGGGAUUAUGGACAACCGGCUUUUCCCCAGCGACAACGUUCACAAAUUUCUAUGAUGAAAAUGGACAAAUUGUUGGGCCAGUGGAGUUGAUGACAAUGACCAAGCAAGUGAGGCUUGCGCAGCUGCCGUUAGUGGACGCCAAAGUGUUAGAACUGCCAGUGGGAGUGGCGGGCCGCUACACCAUGCUUAUUGCCAUGGGUGUGAACUCCAUUCCGAUCAAAGAGUUGAUGUCAUUAUUCCAAAGUUCUGUGAUCUUGAAGGUCUUGAACGAGCUGACAUUGAACUUACUACCCAUUAACAUUGCUAUUCCGAGGCUCAUAGUACAGUCGGACUUCAAAGCCAAGUCUAUGCUGCAGGCGGUUGGAGUGAAAUCGAUUUGGUACGAGCCGGAUGCGACAAGGUAUAUAACAGACCCGCCAGCGCUUCCUGAAGACCUAUCGCAAGAGAUAUCCAUUACCCUGGACACCACUGGCCUUAACCCUCCCCCUGCAGACACGCAGGGGAACUUGCUCACCGGCUUACUGCACGCAGCUACAAGCCUGACAGCCAAAACGGCGUCUUUGGUCGGACGAGAAUUCAUAGCCAACAAACCCUUUACCUAUUGCUUGCUGGACGCUAAGACCAAGACAAUCAUAUUCGCCGGAGUUUUUUCUGAUCCUGAUCCAAAAUAAAAUAGUAACAUUACGCCUCUUUUACUUGGGCAAUGCCAUACCUUAAAAUACUAAUGCCCUACCUUAAUCAACUAAAUUUUACAUAAAUACUCAAUCAAAGUUAUAUGGAGCAGCGGGUUUUUAUUUCACUAUUUGGAAGUUGGUCCCAUGGUAAGAGUUGUUCGGAUUUAUGGGUGGAAUAACCUCUUUCGAGAUUUAAGGGAAUUUUGUUACAAUUUGUAUAUUACCCUAACAAUUAUGUAAGUAUUAACGUUAACAAGUCAAGAAAGCCAAAAUCGAUUGACCA